AUGGCUUGGGUACCUGCUCGACUACCUUACCUUAAACAUCCCGACCUACUGCCGGCCCCUCUACCUAGCGAAAAGCUUUUCUUCGAAUCAACAGCCGUAUUUCGAGAAGAUGUGUCCUACCACAGGGUGGUCGCGGUCGAGCCUCACUUCAUCGUCAAAUACGGACGAGGUGUGGAUGAGAUCGAAGGCCAAAUCCUUCUCUUUCUCGAGCACCACCUUAAAGAUCACCCCGGGAUUCCAAAGCUCUACGCAAUGUACCGUAUAGCAAGUACGGGUCAUGUCUGCCUGAUCAUGCAGCGCAUGCCUGGCGAGUCACUCGCUCAAUUAUGGCCUACGCUCGAAGAAUCUGAGAAAUCCGAUAUUUGCGCCAAAUUGAAAGAAGUAUUUACGUCGAUCCGACAAAUUCCAGCUCCUCCGCUCUACGGGGGUGUGGACAACGGCCGAUAUCACCACUAUCUGUUCUACAGCCCGGACCGUGAUCGAGAAAUAUGUGGCCCAUUCGACUCGGAAGAUCAGUUCAACGCAGCACUCGUAAAGCGCCUUCGGUUUGAAUGGGAACAUAUGAAGAGGCACAGCUUUAGGGCAGACUUCUACGAAAGAAAUCUUGGGAGGACAUUAGCUGGUCAUAAGCCUAUGUUUUCGCAUUCGGAUCUACAAAGGAAGAACGUAGUAGUGCAUCGUGACACAUCGCAGGGCUUAAGGGUUAGUCUAGUCGAUUGGGAGGAGGCUGGCUGGUUCCCGGACUAUUGGGAAUACUUCACUGCUCUUCAAGGUGUUCUAUGGGACGAUGACUGGUCCCAGCGCAUCGAAGAUAUCUUGGACCCUUGGAUUAGCGAAGCCGCAGUCAUGAUAAUGGUGCAUAAAGACCUAAUAUUCUGA